CAACACCAAGCCUUGAUUGAGUUUCCGUGCAGCAAUUAUAAUUUAAGGAGUGUGUGUACCACGUAGGAACAGUUGUGUACAAAAUUGAAAUUCUAUUGUACUUCACUCUGUAUACACCGUCAAAGCUCUUGUGACAAGCAUGGAAAACAAUACGACGCUGGCAUAAGAAAUCGCGCUUCGAUCCACUUUUCCGAAAAAAUCCCUAAUUCUCCCACAGUGUAAUCGCGGAAGAGAAAGUCCGGAUAAUCUAAGUCAGAUCACUUUUAUUACUGAAAACCGAGCUCUAAGACUGAAAGAAGGGGUGACGAUGGCGCAAUACAGCGACGACUCGGCUCCAGGCCCGGCCGUUCCCAUGGCCCUACAGAGUCUGGAGACGACGGACAGCCGCCUCACCUGGAACUACUUCGACGAAACGGGCUACGUGUCCAGGGGCGGACUCCGGCAGGGGGAGGACCCCUACAUCCGCAAUCGGUUCAACCAAGAAGCCAGCGAUAAUCUUCCAAGUAAUAGGGAAAUACCGGAUACCAGGAAUGCGAUGUGUCGACGAAAGCUCUGGAGGACCGAUCUGCCUCCAACCAGCGUGAUAAUAACUUUCCACAACGAGGCUCGUUCCACUCUCCUCAGGACCGUUGUUAGCGUUCUCAACCGGAGUCCGGAACAUCUGAUCAAAGAGAUCAUUUUGGUGGACGACUUCAGCGAUAAUCCUGAGGACGGAGAGGAGUUGGCCAAGAUCCAAAAAGUCCGGGUGCUCCGCAAUGAUAAACGUGAAGGAUUGAUGAGAUCGAGGGUGCGAGGGGCGGACGCGGCCACAGCUUCUGUACUCACGUUUCUGGACAGCCACUGCGAGUGCAAUGUCAAUUGGCUCGAACCCCUGCUGGAAAGGGUCGCCGAGGACCCCACUCGCGUCGUUUGUCCGGUUAUAGACGUAAUCAGCAUGGACACGUUCCAAUAUAUCGGCGCUUCGGCCGAUCUGCGAGGGGGCUUUGAUUGGAAUUUGGUUUUCAAAUGGGAAUAUCUGGGCUAUGCUGAGAGGGAAAGUCGCCAGAGGGACCCAACUCAAGCGAUUCGGACCCCGAUGAUCGCCGGCGGCCUUUUCGUUAUAAACAAGGCGUACUUCGAAAAACUGGGCAAAUACGACAUGAAGAUGGACGUGUGGGGAGGGGAGAAUCUUGAAAUUUCGUUCCGGGUGUGGCAAUGUGGCGGAAGUUUGGAAAUAAUUCCGUGCAGUCGGGUGGGGCACGUGUUCAGGAAAAGACACCCUUACACCUUUCCAGGGGGCAGCGGUAACGUCUUCGCCCGCAAUACUCGCCGAGCUGCUGAGGUCUGGAUGGAUGACUACAAACACUUCUAUUAUGCUGCCGUCCCUUUAGCCAAAAAUAUUCCAUUUGGAGAUAUUUCGGAACGUCUGGAAUUGAGACGUAAUCUCCAGUGCAAGCCGUUCAAGUGGUACUUGCAGCACGUUUACCCGGAACUGGCAAUUCCGCAGGCGACUUCUGCCCACGUGGGCGAGCUGCGGCAAGGAAUGUACUGUCUGGACACGAUGGGGCAUUUGAUCGAUGGUACCGUGGCGUUGUAUCAGUGCCACCACACUGGCGGUAACCAGGAAUGGGGUCUGACGAGUGGUGGUUUGAUUAAGCACCACGAUUUGUGCUUAACGCUGGAUGAUUACAUGAAGGGAGUGCAGGUCGUUAUGAGGAUUUGUGAUGGGUCGGAUAGCCAGAAAUGGCAUUUGAUCGAACCGGGUGGUUUGCUGCGGCAUUCCAGGUUUCCUCUAUGCUUAGAUUCUAGGUUUACGGACGUUAAGGGUAUUACGGCCGAGCGAUGCAAUAGUAAUUUAGAGACGCAAAGGUGGAAGCUUACCAGUACUUCGUAAUUUAAUUGUUUUUUUGAUUUGCCCGAUUUCUAGUCAAUUUGAGAAAGACGCAAGACCGGAAAGUGUAAUUGACUGCAAUCAAAAGAUAAAAGACAUAUAUAGGUCAUCGUGAUUUAACCGUAAAUGUUGUAGAUAUUUUAUACAAAAUUCAUAUUUAUAACGGAAUUGUUGAUAAAGUGGGUACAGCUUUUUUGGUUCCGGUUGUUAGUGUAAAUCAAAUUAUUUUCAAAUACUCAUUAUCUUUAGGGCCAGUGUUGAUCAUUACAUAGAUUAUUAUCAACUUAAUCAUUUUAUUUAUCACGUUGGUGCAGACUUAAUACGAAAAGUGCUCCCAUUUUUUGUAUUAAUUGAGCAGUGUUUGAUGAGUGGUUGUGAUACUUUAGGAAAUUAAUUAGUCAUUUAACUAAAUACCUUCAAAUUUAAGUUCCAAAACGGGUAUAUCUUCAACCCUGCACUUUUUCAGUGUAUUUUCUCCUUAUUUCUGUUUAGUUCAAAUCCGACAGCAGUAUUUUUUAGUUACGGUUUGAUUUCAUGCAAGGUUACGUAGACAAUAAUUACAGCAUCCUGUAAAAGACUCCUAAUGAUAUCGUUUGUGUUACCUUAUUUGUUUUUUGUACUUAUUUUUAUGUAAAUAUGUUAUUUUCCAAUUGUACUUACCAGAAGUUAUUGUAAAUAUUUAUAGCGAAUUUAUGUAAAAAUUUUGUAUUACUCUAAUUUAAGGGAAAAUAAAUCAUUAAUUGUA